GCUGGAAUUGCUACAGUCCCUGGACGAUGACCUUGAGGAAGGUUUGACCGUUCGUCAGUUUUUAGCAAACAUGACAUCUCUGUGUCUUGACAAAUAUAACAAACGAAAGGGAUUCAAUGUGAAGUUGGAGCAUGUUUUGAGGGCUAAUUUCAACCCAGGGGGCAGGACAACAUACUACAUCACAUUUGCUGCUAGAGAGUCUGAUUCUCCUGAUGCACCUCUAGUGGAAUAUCAAGUUAAGGUGGAUUGGUCUGCGGGCAAUACUUAUCCCAUCCUUUGCAGACCCACUUCUCCACCACAACUGGUUGAAGGUAGCCGAGGAGAUCUGAUGCGGUCAUCAACCCAAGAACCAACCAUGGAGAAGAUUAUGGGCGAGAAACAACAACCCAGGAGCAGCCAAGUGGGAAUUUUAACCAAGUUUUAUCCAAAACUUCAGGACAAAGCCAAUUCAGCCUACCCGAGAAGACCCCUCAGCAUUUUUCAGUCCAGACGAAGGCCAAGAUCAAUUCCUCCUGCCCAGAGAUCACUUGGAAUACAUUCUCAGCUCAACUACCGACAACCACGAAGAAGAAUCAGCCCAAACGGAGUUCACACGAAGGAGUUAUUCAAUUUUCAAACGGGAUGAUCCCCAACGAACUCGGUUUGGACCUACGUGCAGUUAUUGGAGGAUUCCGACCAAACCAGAAGGCGUUAAGAUACAAAGUGAAUUUUCGUACACUCUUGACUCAUCAGAGGAGCUUUUCGAAUUGGAGUCAAGUCAAUACCGAUUUUGGUUUAGAAGAUAUUAAUUUUCUAAACCAGAUGAUGCUCAGCUUGCCUUAUUUGGAAGCUGACGGGUUUAAUUACUUGCAAACCAAACUUUGGCGUCCAGGAGAGUUUCUAUUACAACUAGAGACUCCUAAGAUCACCUCAAGCUUCAUUCUCAGCCCUUGGAUCAAGUGGAUUCAAUCUUUCCUAAUCAUACACCAAGAGUUACCAUAUCUUCUGAUUUGGUGCGAAUUAAGGGAGUUAUUAGAAGAUUAAUAAGCCAUGGAAUCAUCCAGAAGCUGUCAAGAUACAAGAUCCCACGAAUUACUCCUUUUGGCCUAAGCAUUCAAAGCCUAACGGCUAAUAUUCUUUCAAGGCACAUCUCCACUUGAUUUCUUUGAUUUAUUUCGUGUAUUGCUUUCCUAUUUUGAGUCAUGAGACUGUUGUACCAAUCCUAGAGUCGAGCCUAUAUAAGCUCAAGUCAUUUCUUUGUAAAAACCACCCU